ACAAGCCGUUGCUGGCAACCAAUCAUGCCGAAAAAUAUCAGAGGAUGCUGUUGGUCAAAGAAAAGUCCCAUCCCGACUGCCCGAACGGUUGACUUUAGCGCGCCUACCGUUUCUCCAGAGAUCCACUGUACUCCGUGCGACGCCAUGGCGGAGAUGAUCGCGAUAUCCCUCUCGGCGAAGGUUGCCGCGGCGCUAUCCCACAACGCGGCCGUCGACAUCUCCGCCCUCGUCGCCAUCCGCUCGGGCAUCGCCGCCGCGGCGCGGGACCUGGAGCUCCUCCGCGCGUUCCUCCGGUUUGCCGACUCCCGCCGCGGCGCCGACCCGCUCGCCUCUGCGUGGGUGGACCAGGUGCGAGGCGUCGGCUUCGAGCUGGAGGACGUCGCCGACGAGUACGCCUUCCUCUCCGGCGGCGGCUUCGUCCGCGCCUGCGCCAACCUGGGCGCGUGGUUCGCUCUGUCCGGACGGCUGAGGAAGGCGCGGGCGAGGCUCCGCGACCUGUCGGACGCCAAGGAGCGGUACGGCAUCCGUUCUUCAGUCGAGGCUUGCUCUCCCCACGGCGCCGCCGUGGCCGUCGCUAGCCGGAAGUUGGCGGAAGCAGCGCACUUCGUGAAGGAGGAAGAAAUCGUCGGCUUUGGGGCGCACAGAAGGUUACUGAUGAAAUGGCUUACGGAUGACGCCGAUUCCCGGCAGACGCUGGUCGCUGUCUGCGGGAUGGGCGGCGUUGGCAAGACCACUCUGGUCACAAACGUGUACAAGGAAGUCGCCGCAAGCCGCCACUUUGACUGCUCUGCGUGGGUGGCUGUCUCCAAGAACUUCACCACGGAGGACCUCCUUAGGAAAAUUUCCAAAGAACUGCAUCGGGACAUCGGUGCCGGCAUGCCUCGGGACAUCGACGAGAUGGACUACCGGUCGCUGGUGAAGGCUUUGCAUGGGCAUCUUGCCAAGAAGAGGUGCUUGCUGUUGCUGGAUGAUGUCUGGGAUGCCAAUGCGUGGUAUGAAAUCCGCAAUGCGUUUGUUGAUGACGGAACCAGGAGCCGGAUAAUCAUCACGACACGCAGUCAAGAUGUUGCCUCGCUGGCACCAUCCACCAGGAUCAUCAUGUUGGAGCCGCUCCCUGAGCAGGAAGCAUGGUCGUUGUUUUGUAACACCACAUUCAGGGAAGAUGCCACCCGGGAGUGCCCGCGUCAUUUGGAGGGUUGGGCUUUGAAGAUGCUUAGCAGAUGUUGUGGCCUACCAUUGGCCAUUGUAUCAAUUGGUAAUCUUCUUGCAUUAAAGAAGACCGAAUUUGCUUGGAAGAAUGUUCACGACAACCUUGAAUGGAAUGAAAGCAGUGAUACCGGAAUUAAGCAAGUGUCGAGCAUACUGAAUCUGAGUAUUGAUGAUCUGCCAUAUCACCUGAAAAGAUGUUUCCUCCAUUGUGGCAUAUACCCUGAGGAUUUCCCGAUCAAAAGGAAAAUUCUGAUCAGGUUGUGGAUUGCAGAAGGCUAUAUCGAGGAAAAGGGCCAGAGCACAAUGGAGGAGAUUGCAGAUGAUUACCUGAACCAGCUAGUGCAACGUAACCUGUUGCAGGUCAUGUUAAAGAAUGAGUUUGGACGAGCGAAGCGGCUCUGCAUUCAUGACCUUAUCAGGGAUUUGAUUCUGGAAAGGUCAACAAAGGAAGGGUUCAUUGUAUUCUUAAGGUGUCUGCCAGCAUUGGAGUCAAGAAAAAAGAUCCGUCAUCUUAUACUUGACCGGUACGAAAGUGAUCAUCUACCAGUUCCAAAGAUGACAUUGAUUCGAUCCUUAAAUGCAUUUAUGUCAGAUAUGGAUUCUUCACUCUUGUCUAGAUUUAGGUUAUUAACCGUAUUAAACUUAUGGUUCGUUCAGAUAGAUAAACUGCCUAGCUCACUGUCCAAUCUUCUAAAUCUGCGGUAUCUUGGCAUCCGUUCCACCCUCAUUGAAGAGCUUCCACUGGAUUUGGGAAAAUUACAUCACUUGCAAACUUUAGACGCCAAGUGGUCCAUGGUCCAGAGAUUACCGCCUAGCAUAACAAAGCUCAAGAGCCUGCGCCACCUGAUAUUGUAUAGACGUCAAUCUGCAGAUUUUAGGUAUCCGACCCCUGGCAGGGCAGUUGUAUUUCCACAGGGGCUACAAAACCUAACCUGCCUACAGACCCUUAAAUACAUUGAAGCUGAUGAGAAGAUAGUCAAAUCCUUAGGAAGCUUGAAACAUAUGAAGAGCUUAGAGCUAUUUGGUAUGCAUGAGAGCAUUCUUGUUCAUUUGGCCUCAUCUAUCUCCAAAAUGAGCGGCCUUCUGCGCUUGGGAAUUGUCGGUCGAGAUGCUAAUGUUACAAUGGACCUGGAGCCCUUUUAUCCACCACCACUAAAGCUACAGAAACUUUCAUUGACAGGGAUGUUAGCAAGAGGCAAGUUGCCUUCAUGGUUUGGCUGCCUUGAUAACCUCAUGCAGUUGCGUUUGUGUUCAUCUGAGAUCAAGGGAGAAUCAAUUAGAUUGCUUUCAUCGCUCCCCAGGCUGUUACAUCUCAGUCUGGUCAAUGCAUGCAACACAAAGAGCUUGAUCUUUCCAGAAGGUUGUUUUCCUGUUCUCAAAAAACUUAGCCUACAUGAGUUGUGUAACCUUUCUCAGUUGGAGUUUCGAAAGGGAAGUCUUGUACAUUUAAAUGUAUUAUCCCUUGGAUGUUGCGAUGAGCUCACUGAGGUACCCCAAGGCAUUGAGAACCUUAUACGGCUUGACAAGAUGGAACUUUUUGAAAUGGCAAGUGGGAUAAUAGAAAAGAUGCAAGAUGAGGAAGCUUCAGGUGGGGAUCAUGAAGAUUCUCGGCGGACUAUAGCUGUGAAGAACACCCGCUGGCAUUAUGGACAAUUGCUGCAUGACACAAUUUACAUCAAAUUUCACUGUUCAAACACAGGGCAUUAAAAGAUGGAUGCAGCAUUUUGUGAAGUCUAUUGGAUUGAGGUCUUCAUGGGAAAGUAUUUAAAUCAUUCUUUCAGGUGUUAUCUGGUAGCUGCACAGAUUAAUACUGGUGAAAUUACUCGCUGUAUGUUGC